AUGGUCCCAGGCGGAUGGGUACAAUUGACCGAAAUAUACUUCAACGUUCAAUCGGACAACGGCUCGAUUACCGAGGAACAUGCUCUGAGACGAUGGAGCACACAGUUCCUGAGGUCAUACGAAGGAACAAAGGAUGUGCGUGUAGGAACACGGUUGAACAAUCUUCUUCGGGACAGAGGUUUCGAAGAUAUUGACGCGAGAAUGAUUCCUCUUCCUCUUUCGGCGUGGUCCACUGGUGAGUCCUCACUUCCCGUUUCGUUUGCGGGCUGCUCAACCGGUGUGCUAGACCAUAGAAUGCGAGAAAUCGGCAUGCUUAACCGAGAGAACGUCAAUAACCUCCUUCCAUCAUUGGCACUGUACCCAUUGACACAGAUUUCUGGCAUGCCUCAGCAAGAUUUCCAGGAACUCAUUACUCAAGCACGAGAAGAAGCGGAAACAGCGAGCCUGAAGGCAUACUUUCCCUUGUAA